AUGGUAUCCAAAAUGAAAUGUUGCAUUCGACAAAUCGAACAUCUCAAUCCUAGUGGAGCAUCGGAACAAGAUAUUUUAACUCGUGCCAAAAUGUUAUUUGCAGAAGACCCAAAAUACACAAUGGAUUUCAAAUUUGACCAUGUCCGAAAUAUACUCAAAGACAUUGAAAAAUUUGGCACUGACACUAUGAAUACUGCAUCCAUGAAAUCGCCACAACAAAAUGCUAAUGUUGGUUCAUCUAAACAACAAUUCUUCAAGGAAGCAUUUCAUACACCUUCAUCUCCUUGUGUGUCUGCUUUUGAUCUUAAUAUCACUGAUUCAGAUAACAGUGUUACUUCUAAUAAACGACCUCCAGGGGUGAAAAAUGCAAAAAUGAAGAAAAAGAAUGAUGAACAAAUUGCAAAGCGGAAUGGGGAGUCAUAUUCCUGA